AUGCGCUGUCAUCGUUUAUCACUUCAAAACCCGAAAAGAAAUCAAAAAGUUUCAUUGUCCGAUACAUAUCCACUUAUAAACAAUUUCUAUGAUUAUAUUCGUCGAGCAAGUCAAUGGGCACCAAGCCGUGGACCUAUGGGAGCAUCCCUUCCACGAGAUGUAUGCAACAUUGACGAAAGUCCAUUAAGUUAUAUUAGUAAUAAACGGUUCGCUACUGUUAUAUUAACAAUUUUUGGUUCAGAUAAUACACGAGUUGGUCCGGUAUUAAUUUCUAAAGGAAAAGAGCAGGCGUCGAGUAUUGAGAAACUGCAAUAUGCUAAUGGUGUUAAAGUGUAUUUUACUCCGAAGGCUGUUAACAAUCGUAUUACAAUGGAUAAAUACAUGGAAUAUUGGAUGCCAAAGGUCAAUGACAAGAAUCCGAAAUUAUUUAUUUCUGACAGUUCAAAUACACAUUUUGAUCACCAGUCAAUUCGAUUAUUACGAAAGAAACAAAUUGUUGUUGCCAUAAUACCGAAGGGGUGUACUAUGUAUAUUCAAGCACUCGAUGUUUAUGUGUUUUCAAUAUUUAAAAAACAUUACUAUGAUUGCUCAGAAGAGUAUAUUGAGAAAGCAUGUGGUCGCUUGAAUGUCAAGCUCACUGCAUCAAAAUCAAGAGUUUUAUGUACACGACUUACUUUGAUUGCAUGGAAAAGAACACUUUCUUCUAUUGAUUUUAGUAAAAGUUUUCGUGAAAUUGGGUAUACAUGGGCCGAUCAUGUUACACCAAUAAAGCUUCAUACUCUUCCUGGAUAUAUGUACGAUCCGAGUGAUUGUAACUUGACUUGUUCAAUCGAAGAAAAUGAGAUAGAUUUUAGUAUUUCUAGCAAAAUAGCUAAAAAGCAAUUGAAGUUGACUGACUUUCGGUGA